AUGGCGUGCCUCACCUGCCCGUCCCAGGACCCCUGGCAGCCCUUGCCUGCCCAUCCUGGGACAUGUGGCAGAACUCGCCCGCCUGUCCCGGGACCUGUAGCAGGCCUCACCCGCCCGUCCCAGGACCCGUGGCGGCCCUCGCCUGCAACAUGUCCCGGAACCCGUGGCAGACCUUGCCCUCCCAUCCCAGGACCAGUGGCAGGCCUCACCAACAAGUCCCAGGACCAGUGGCAGCCCUCGCCCGCCCGUCCCAGGACCCAUGGCGGCCGUCGCCUGCAACAUGUCCUGGAACCCGUGGCAGACCUUGCCCUCCCAUCCCAGGACCAGUGGCAGGCCUCACCAACAAGUCCCAGGACCAGUGGCAGCCCUCGCCCGCCCGUCCCAGGACCCAUGGCGGCCGUCGCCUGCAACAUGGGCCCGGAACCCCCGUGGCAGACCUUGACCUCCAUCCCAGGGACCAGUGGCAGGCCUCACAACAAGUCCCCAGGACCAGUGGCAUGCCCUAACUCGCCCGCCCGUCCCAGGAACCAUGGCGGCCGUCGCCGCAACAUGUCCCUGGAACCCGUGGCAGACCUUGCCCUCCCAUCCCAGGACCAGUGGCAGGCCUCACCAACAAGUCCCAGGACCAGUGGCAGCCCUCGCCCGCCCGUCCCAGGACCCAUGGCGGCCGUCGCCUGCAACAUGUCCCGGAACCCGUGGCAGACCUUGCCCUCCCAUCCCAGGACCAGUGGCAGGCCUCACCAACAAGUCCCAGGACCAGUGGCAGCCCUCGCCCGCCCGUCCCAGGACCCAUGGCGGCCGUCGCCUGCAACAUGUCCUGGAACCCGUGGCAGGCCUCGCACACCCGUCCCAGGAUCCGUGGCAGGUCCCUGGCAGGCCUCGCCCGCCUGUCCUGGGACACGUGGCGGAACUCACCCGCCUGUCCUGGACCGUGGUGGGGCCUUGCUGCCCGUCCCAGGACCGGUGGCAGGCCUUGACCGUCUAUCCCAGGACCCAUGA